CGGGCGGCAGUCCUCGGCGCGCCUUCACUGCUCGCGCGCGUACCAUGCCGUUGUGACCCGCGUCUGCCCGACUCGACCGCGACACCACCACGACUCUGUGCCCCGUCAGCAACUAGUGACCAUUCUAAAGUGAUCGCACCAUGAAUUGAAGCUUUGGAAUUGCAGGCAAGGACGUCCCACGGGCUCGCGGCGUGCGCGGCGAUGCGCUGACGCCAUGCGCGCGCCGCCAUGCGCCCCCGCGCCCCCCGCGCCGCGCCCGCCUGCCCCCUGCUGCUGCUGGCGCUGCUGCUGGCCGGUGAGUGCUGCGCCGGCAACCCCGAUGCCAAGCGGCUCUACGACGACCUGCUCAGCAACUACAACAAGCUGGUGCGGCCCGUGCUCAACGUGAGCGACGCGCUCGCCGUGCGCAUCAAGCUCAAGCUCAGCCAGCUUAUCGACGUGAAUCUCAAAAACCAAAUCAUGACAACUAACCUUUGGGUGGAGCAGAGCUGGUACGACUACAAGCUGUCUUGGGAGCCGCGCGAGUACGGCGGCGUGGAGAUGCUGCACGUGCCCUCCGACCACAUCUGGCGGCCCGACAUCGUGCUCUACAACAACGCCGACGGGAACUUCGAGGUGACGCUGGCGACGAAGGCGACGCUGAACUACACGGGCCGCGUGGAGUGGCGCCCGCCCGCCAUCUACAAGUCCUCCUGCGAGAUCGACGUCGAGUACUUCCCCUUCGACCAGCAGACCUGCGUCAUGAAGUUCGGCUCCUGGACUUACGACGGCUUCCAGGUGGACCUGCGGCACAUCGACGAGGCGCGCGGCACCAACGUGGUGGAGCUCGGCGUCGACCUGUCCGAGUUCUACACCUCAGUAGAGUGGGACAUACUGGAGGUGCCGGCCGUCAGGAACGAGAAGUUCUACACGUGCUGCGACGAGCCCUACCUGGACAUCACGUUCAACAUCACGAUGCGGCGCAAGACGCUGUUCUACACCGUGAACCUGAUCAUCCCGUGCAUGGGAAUCUCCUUCCUAACCGUGCUGGUGUUCUACCUGCCCUCGGACAGCGGCGAGAAGGUGUCGCUGUCCAUCUCCAUCCUGCUCUCGCUGACCGUGUUCUUCUUGCUACUGGCCGAGAUUAUUCCUCCGACGUCGCUCGUGGUGCCGCUGCUGGGCAAGUUCGUGCUCUUCACCAUGAUAUUGGAUACGUUCAGGUGA